AUGGCAGAAUCGAACGAAUGCCACUCCGAAGCCCUCGACGCCGUCUCCGUCGUGAAGCUUCCCGGGUUUUGGAAGCAGUCGCCUCAAUACUGGUUCACACACGCGGAGUCGGUGUUCGCGAACCAUCGCAUCGGUUCUCGAAUUCAACGCGUUAACCACGUUGUCGGCGCCCUCGACGAGGAAGGCGUACGCACCAUCGGCGACCUUCUUGACAACGACGUCACGUAUGAGGGCAUCAAGAACCGACUCAUCGAAGCAUACGACCUGCCGCGGUCAACUCGAUUUCGAGACAUCAUUCGGCCCGGUUGUAUCGGCGACCGACGACCAUCGCAACUCCUGCGAGACAUGCGUAUCGCCCUACCUGCCGAGAUCGGCGAAGAGGCCCUUAGGCAAUUCUGGCUUCAAAAACUGCCGGCGAGUGUCCUCCCAGUGGUCGCCGGCCUCGACGGCCCUCUCGACAUGUUGGCAACACGUGCCGACCGCGUGUUAGAGGCCAUCCCCCAGGAUAUGGAGGCGCUUGAAAUCACGCAUGGGCGUAUCAACGAGUUGGCCAACUCGGUUGCGCAACUAUCCGUACAAAUGGCCACAUUAACACGAAUGUUGCAAGCCAACAACGCACGUCGGCGUUCGCCGGAGAAACAUACCUCGUCGCCACCACCUCCGAUAUCAACCGACACGGGCGUCUGCUAUUACCAUAAAACCUACGGCAAGUCCGCCCGUAACUGCCGCUCCCCGUGCAGCAGUCGAGUAGCCUCAAGCCGAGGAAGAUCGCAGGGGCAUCCGCAACCGCUGCCCGAUCCGCGUUCCUCUGCGGAAAACUAA